AUGUUGAGCGACAAAAUGGAUCUGUCCACUGAGAUGACCAGCCAAACGGAUGUUGACUCUGCUGUGGAGAUCAGCCGCUCGGCCAAGAUCCAAAAGGCGGAGGAUCUCGUAUUCAACGAAAAGCACGAUAUAUAUGACGUAGCACCCAAGCUGCGCGACGAGUUGUCUGGCCAUUUCCAGCGAAGUUUCGCAUAUUUCACGAUUAAGCACCGCUCGCCCAUGAUGUUGGGCGAUAUGAUUACUUUCCUACACGACUACGAGCCGAAUAUAAUGGAGAUCUUUGGAGACUAUGCACACUUCGAUCUGAAAAGGAUUUCGUGGAGCCUGCAGCUGCUGCGCGAUGAGAUACAGGACAACAGGGAGUUUAAGCUGUUCCACGGCAAGGCCCCAGAUUCAGAUGACUGGAAUCGGUUUAUUUGCAAUCUGGACGAGGAUAAGAAUCGCUGGUUUUCCUCCGUCUGGCUGCACGCCGAAUGCUACAUGUAUCGCCGCAUUUGGGCCAUUUUUCAGCGCUCGGAUUCGCUCUCCAGCUACGACUACUUUGCCCAGAAAAAGAUCGAUGCCACGACUAGUGUCGUUAAACUAAUGACCGAUGUUAUCACGGGCAUGCGGGGAAUGCAGCGCUCUCAGGAGAAAUUCCAGCGAAUUUUGAAGCUGGCCCUGUGGAGCAAUCGCUGUGAUCUGUCCAUAAACAAAGAGGCUCCAGAUAACCAGUUGCUGAUGCUGAUGACGGACUACGAGUCUGACCUGCUUGUGGAUCAGUCUGCGGAUAUCUGGCGCAUACUCACCGAGGCCUGGGACCCCGUCUAUGUGGACAUUGUGUGCGAUAACGCUGGCUUCGAGCUUUUCACAGACCUCCUGCUGGCCGAGUACCUCAUCGAAGCGGGCUUGGCUAGCAAAGUGCGGUUCCAUGUCAAGGCCAUUCCUUGGUUCAUAUCCGACGUCACCAAGCAGGACUUUCUCUGGAUGCUGACCUUCCUCCGCCGCCACGUGAUUGCCGAAAUAGCCUCAUUUGGACGGCGACUGCGCCGCUUCAUGCGGGAUCGUUCAAUCAUCUUGUGCGACACCUGCUACUUCUGGACCAGCCCCUACGACUGCAGCCAGUUGAAGAAGCGCCUGCCUUGCCUGUAUGUCUCUCUCAGCGAGGCAGCGCUGGUCAUUUUCAAGGGGGAUCUCAACUACCGCAAACUGCUUGGCGACAUUAACUGGGAUUACACAGCGCCUCUGAUCGAGUGCCUGCGUGGCUUCCUACCGACCAGUGUGUGUGCGCUGCGGACCAUCAAGUCCGACAUCUACUGCGGUCUACCCAUCUGCACGGUGGAGUGGCUAACCGAGGACGAUCCCCACUGGAUGAGGACGGGCAAGAAGGGUGUCAUCCAAGUGGCCAUCAUGCACAGACCCUCGGGGGAUGCACUAGUUUAAGGACACCCAGCAAAGGAUGAUCUCGCACUCGUAGUUGUAUUAUUUGAUACACAAUACAGCACAUAAUACGU